AUGGCGGUUAGAUUUACUGUAACGAAGGCGGAAAAUGAUCCGAUCGGCGAAAGUAGCAGCGACGGUCCUGCCAUAGGUUAUGGCAGUGUAAACAAAGAUAACGGGAAUGUUCCUGAGGUGAAAAUAGUCGACUAUGGUGACGCCAAAUACGGCGAGAACCAACAGAGUAAGGAGAACGACCCACUUACAACUAAUGAAGUUGAUCUUGAAGGAAUCCAUUCUGAGAAGCAUCUGGCCCUAUAUCAGGAUGAGUUUAAACAGCGGCCAAAGGUGGCCAAUGUUAUCAACGGCCUCGCAAACUUUAAUGCAAUGGGGAUCAUGCCAAGUGAAACAGAGAGGGAAAAGAUGGAAGAGGGUGCUGGUAAACCAAAAUCUAACAAACUGGGGACAUUACUAGGGGUAUACCUACCAUGUAUUCAGAACAUAUUUGGUGUUAUCCUGUUCAUCCGUAUGACGUGGAUCGUUGGUACAGCUGGAUGGCUAGAGGGCUUCUUUAUCGUCUUUAUAUGCUGCUGCACUACACUACUUACUGCUAUCUCAAUGAGUGCCAUUGCGACAAAUGGCAUAGUACCAGCUGGGGGGUCAUAUUUUAUGAUCUCCCGGCAACUUGGGCCAGAGUUUGGGGGCGCUGUAGGCAUACUCUUCUACUUGGGUACAAGCUUUGCCGCAGCUAUGUAUAUAAUAGGAGCAGUAGAAAUAUUGCUUAAAUACAUAGCGCCCAUGGCUGCAAUCCCUGGGCUGGGGCCUAUAACAGAUGACAGCGCAGCAUUUAAUAACUAUAGAAUAUAUGGGACAUGCUUGCUUUUACUUCUGGGUCUCUGCGUCUUUCUGGGGGUGAGAUUCGUCAGCAAGUUUGCGACAGUUUCCCUAGGUUGCGUCCUCCUAUCUAUUUUAGCUAUAUAUGUUGGAAUUUUUGUGUCUGCCGCAGACAACAGUCGUAGCCCAGAAAUUUGUUUGUUGGGCGAUCGGUUAUUAACAUUUGAAUCAGUUAGUUUGGAUGGAGUCAUGUAUUGUACAAAAGAUGCCAAGAUUAGUAACACCAGUAACACAACCGCACCUCUAUAUAGUAAAUGGUGCAAAAAGGUGAAUGGAACUGAUGUGUGUGAUGAUUACUUUACCAAUAAUGAAGCUCACACUAUAAAGGGUAUUCCUGGCUUAGCAAGCGGCAAGUUCAUAGAGAAUCUUGGGAACACAUACAGCACCCAAGGAAACCUGUAUGGCUCUAAUGUAGUGGGAAAUCGGGACAGAGGAGAAAUUAUUGCAGAUAUCACAUCGUCAUUCAUGGUCCUACUAGCAAUCUUCUUCCCAUCAUGCACUGGUAUCAUGGCUGGUUCAAAUAGGUCGGGUGAUUUAGCAGAUGCCUCCAAGUCCAUCCCCACUGGAACCAUUGCAGCUAUCCUUACUACGUCCUUUGUCUAUUUAUCAAGUGUGCUAUUUUUUGGAGCUUCUAUAGAGGGCGCCCUUCUCAGAGACAAGUUUGGAGAGAGUAUUGGUGGAGGCCUGUCUAUUGCCCAGUUAGCCUGGCCAAAUGAAUGGGUCAUUUUGAUUGGUUCAUUCCUGUCCACCCUCGGUGCGGGGUUACAAAGUCUUACAGGCGCGCCCCGUUUACUACAAGCCAUUGGUCAAGAUGGUGUGAUUCCAAUCCUGAAUGUCUUUUCUGUAACUACUAAGAAUGGAGAGCCUUUUAGAGCACUUCUCCUGACAGCUUGCAUUACAGAACUUGGCAUCCUCAUAGGCAAUCUAGAUUUAAUUGCUCCAAUUAUUACCAUGUUCUUCCUCAUGUGUUACGGGUUUGUCAACCUGGCCUGUGCCCUGCAGUCUUUAUUGAAGACACCAAGCUGGAGGCCUAAAUUCAGAUUUUACCAUUGGACUCUAUCCAUGUUGGGCAUCGGUCUAUGUCUCGUCAUAAUGUUUAUCUCUAGCUGGUACUACGCCCUGGUAGCAAUAGCCAUAGCAAUGGGAAUAUACAAAUAUAUUGAAUAUAAGGGUGCUGAGAAAGAGUGGGGAGAUGGUAUACGUGGUCUGGCUAUGUCAGCUGCCCGUUACUCUCUACUGAAACUAGAAGAGGGACCACCACAUACAAAGAACUGGAGGCCUCAGAUUCUUGUACUUAUGAACCUAGAUGACAAUAUGCAACCGAAACAUACCAAGAUGUUGUCCUUUGCCAGUCAGCUCAAAGCAGGUAAAGGAUUGACUCUUGUGGGUACAGUCAUAGAAGGGAACUACAAAGACCACUAUGCUGAGGCACAGGCUGCCAAACUGAAUAUUUCUAAAGCUAUGACUUCUUCUAAAGCAAAGGGAUUUGCAGAGGUGCUUAUUGCACCUGAUGCAGUGCAAGGCAUCAACCAUCAGAUUCAGCUUCAUGGUCUUGGAGGUCUGAAGCACAACACUGUAGUUCUGGGAUUCCCACAUAACUGGAGAAAAUCAGAAGAAGAAAAAGCAUUCUCAGUCUUCAUAGAGACUGUUAGAUGUGUGUCAGAUGGCCAACUGGCCUUACUUGUGCCAAAAGGAAUUGCUCAGUUCCCAGAAAACUCAGAGAAAAUGCAGGGCACCAUAGAUGUAUGGUGGGUAGUGCACGAUGGUGGUCUCCUGAUGUUGCUGCCAUUCUUACUGAUGCAACACAAAGUUUGGAAACACUGCAAGAUGAGGAUCUUCACUGUAGCACAAAUGGAGGAUAAUAGCAUUCAAAUGAAGAAAGAUCUAGCCACCUUCCUCUACCAUCUCAGAAUACAGGCUGAAGUCGAGGUCGUUGAAAUGACUGACAGUGAUAUCUCAGCCUACACGUAUGAGCGCACAAUGGUCAUGGAACAGAGAAUAUCGAUGUUGAAAGAAAUGCGACUCACAAAGAAAGAUAUCGCUGCAGAGCCACAAAGAAUCGUGGAUCAAGCCCACACUAAGUCAGAUGUAAAAAUAGUUUUGGAUCCAGUACCUGAAGAGGUUCAGAACCCAGACCCAGAGAAACCACUUACAACUGAAGAGAAGAUCUCAGAGGCAAAUCUGUAUACAUUUUCUCCAUCCUCCAGUGGGGCCAGACAGCCAAGCCCAAGCCCUGUAUUAGGAAAAUCAGGCUCCGGGGGUAAUCUUCUGGAAGUUAAACCGGACAAGAAGAAUGUGAGGCGCAUGCACACUGCUGUUAGACUAAAUGAGGUUAUCGUACAAAAGUCACAUGAGGCAGCCCUUGUGCUUAUCAACUUGCCAGGACCACCAAAGAAUGUUGCUGGAAAUGAAAACUAUAUGGAAUUUUUGGAGGUGCUGACCGAGGGUCUAGACAGGGUACUUAUGGUUAGAGGUGGAGGCAGAGAGGUCAUCACCAUAUAUUCCUAGAGACAGCGAGUUCAUCACACCAUAUAUUCCUAGAGACAGCCAGUUCAU